GGAUUGGAUUCCGAAUCAUGGGACACCUUAUUCGUAUGGAGCGGUGACCCUCCAACGUUAUUUGUUCAACGAUUCACGAUUGCAAUAAAAAAAGCAGCGGCGUAGUCAACGGCGCUUUACAUCAGCGGUGUGCCCACUGAUAGGUGUGCGAUGAAUGUAUUCAUGGCCUACGAAUUCAGUUCUGUUCAGUUCGAAGUGACGUCUCCGAUAGUCCGCACUUACGUACAUUCCUGAGGCCCUUUUAGUGGAUUAUUCAUGCUAUAUAUUUGAGACGGACAUCGUUAAUUUUUACGCAACAUUUUAGGCGUUGCUACCAAAAUGACGACGGAAAUUGACAAGGAUGAGCUCAAGAAGCGUUUAACACCUAUCCAGUGGCAUGUGACCCAAGAAAAAGGCACCGAAAGGCCUUUCACUGGCACUUAUAAUAAAUUCUAUGAAAGAGGAACAUAUACUUGUGUCGUAUGCGAUCAGGAACUGUUUUCCUCUGAGACGAAAUAUGAUAGUGGUUGCGGCUGGCCAGCAUUCAAUGAGGUUUUAGACCAAGGUCGAGUUAAACUAACUAAAGACACAACUCAUGUCGGUGGCAAUCUACUACUGCUGAUCGCAAACCCAGAUAUGGUGCGGACUGAAGUGACCUGCUCAACUUGUGGAUCACAUUUGGGCCACGUAUUUAAUGACGGUCCGAAACCAACAAGAAAACGAUUUUGCAUCAACUCUGCUUCUAUCAGCUUCCAUGCAGCCGGUGAUAAGAAAAAAUCUGAUUCCUAAUUGGUGAAGAAACCAAUGCUCGUUGCUGCAGGUGGAUAGGAAAACUUUCAUCAUCCAUCGACGUUCGCAUGACAUUAAAAAAACGUGACUAAGUAUCAAUAAAUCAAUAUUGCGAGAUAUAAUAUAAGAACUUUUCCGUUGAUAUCAUAUACAAAACGAGAUAAAUAAAAUGUUGAUUCAUUUUUUGACUUUUAGCAAGGAUGUUCCUUAACUAACAUAUUCUUUUUUUUUUGGCCUGAUAUUAAAGUAAAUAGGAAGCUGCUGCGCCAAUUUUUACCAGAUGAAUGACUAACAAGAAUAUUCAUUGUCUUUAAUAUUGAAUGACAAUCAACUGGCAAUGUUUCAGUCUAUAAUUUCCUAUAGGAUUUGCAUUAUGAAAUUGGGUAUAUAUCUUGUUCCACUCUACUUAAGAUUAAUAUUUUCUUUUGAUUGACCAUACUUGAGUCUAAAAAUGUUGAGUAGCGUUGUGACGGCACUGAUGACUAGCAGCUGAGCAACUCAAAUGUAUCCGCCUGAUCCUUUGGUAAAAUGGUUCGACUGCUAGUUUCACCUGCUAGUUCCGACAUCAUAAAAUUACAUACAAAUUAUAUUUAUAAACAAAUGCCCAGGUUUUCAAACCCACCUCUGCAACUGUUAUAUUUUUGUACAUUCUACGAUUAGUAAGCAAGUGCUUAACUCUCCUUCUCGAAAUGUAUAUUUCAAUUGCUGAAAUCUUGCACAAUUUAUAUGUCAGAUAUGUCAAACGCAGAUUGGGAAUAUCAAUGUAUUCAGCUGACCUUGAUAACUUAUUGAAUAGAAUACAUAGAAUGCAAAAAAUUUCAAAUUUCUUUAAUAAGAAAUCAUUAUUAUUUUGGUAUGGCAAUGGAAAUAUAAAAUUAAAAAUUAUUUUUAUAAAUAAAUAUACUAACCAUUCUGUGAAAUGUUAUUGAUUAACAAUUUAAUAUAUAUAUGCAAUUGGAAAUCUGAACAGAAAAAUUAUUUGAAGAAUUAUAAGUCACAAAUAUUGUAAAUAUUUUAUAAAGAUAUGAAAUUCAGAUUAAUAUACUCAAUUAGGCAAACAAAUAUUAGUUAUGCAUAUAACCAUAAUCUGUAGUCACACCGUCAUAUGUAACAAAUAUGUUAUUAACACAAGAAAAAUUAAUAAAUUGGUUGUAUAAAAUGCA